AUGGCGGACUCCCACCUGAAUUUCCUUCGCAAAAAUGGGCGACUAAGCGAGGCUGUGGAGGUUCUCGACGCUCUGGCUCAGGAUGGGACGAAGGUGAAUUCCAAGACUUUGAUCGGGCUGCUCCAGUCUUGCAUCGACUCCAAUGCCGUCGAUUUGGGCCGGAAGAUUCACGCCAGAAUUAGCCUGGCGGAGGAAAAGUCGGCGUUUCUCGAGACGAAGCUGGUCGGGAUGUACGCGAAAUGCGGGUGCUUGCGUGAUGCCCGCUUGGUGUUCGAUGAAAUGCGGGAGAGAAACUUGUACACGUGGUCCGCGAUGAUCGGUGCCUGCUGCAGGGAUCAGAGGUGGAAGGAAGUCGUGGGGCUUUUCCAUAUGAUGAUGGCAGAUGGGAUUUUGGCGGAUGGUUUUCUGCUGCCGAAGAUCCUGCAAGCGUGCGGCAACUGUGGUGAUUUUCGGACUGGGAAGCUGUUACAUUCUUUGGUGGUAAAAUGUGGUAUGGGUGAUUUCCCACGAGUGAAUAAUUCGAUUCUGGCUGUGUAUGCGAAAUGUGGGGAGUUGGGAUUAGCUAGGAAGUUUUUUGACGGUAUGGAUGAUAAGACGGAUAGAGUUGCUUGGAAUGCUUUGAUAUCUGGGUAUUGCCAGAAAGGUGAGAUCAAGGAAGCUCAUAGAUUGUUUGAUGCCAUGUGUAAAGAAGGGGUUGAACCAGGUUUGGUAACUUGGAAUAUACUGAUUACUGGGUACAAUCAGAAUGGACAGUGUGAUGUUGCAAUGGAAUUGAUGGAAGAAAUGGUGAGAUUCGGGAUAGAACCAGAUGUGGUUGCUUGGACUGCUAUGAUCUCUGGGUAUGCUCAAAACAACAGGCAAAUUCAGGCACUAGAUUUGUUUGAGGAUAUGAUUUCGUCUGGGGUUGAACCAAAUGGAGUUACUAUUGCAACUGCAAUUUCUGCUUGUUCAGUUUUGAAAUUAUUAAACAAUGGGAUGGCAAUUCAUGCUCUGGCUGUUGAAAUAGGUUGCAUUGAUGAUGUACUUGUCGGGAAUGCACUCAUCGAUUUCUACUCAAAGUGCGAGAAGCUGGAGGCUUCUCAGCUAGUCUUUGAUUGUAUGCCCGAGAAAGAUGUUUUCACUUGGAAUUCGAUGAUUGGAGGAUAUAUUCAAGCAGGAUACAGUGGGAAAGCCAAUGAACUAUUCACGAGGAUGCAGAAUUCCGAGAUUCAACCCGAUGUUAUCACUUGGAAUACAAUGAUAUCGGGAUAUAUAGAAAAUGGAGACGAAGAUGAAGCCACAGAUCUCUUCCACAAGAUGGAAAAGGAUGGAAAAAUAAAGCGUGACACAGCAUCAUGGAAUUCUCUUAUCGCUGGUUACUUGCAUAUUGGACAGAAACAGAAGGCACUUUGUAUGUUCAGACAAAUGCAGUCUUCAGGUUUCAGUCCUAAUGCUGUAACAAUACUGAGUGUUUUGCCUGCUUGUGCAAAUUUAGUUGCACUGAAAAAGGUCAAAGAGAUCCAUGGCAUUGUGCUACGGAGAAACCUAGAAGCUGCAGUCUCCAUCCCAAAUUCACUUAUCGAUACUUAUGCCAAAUCGGGGAAACUAGUUUAUUCAAAAGCCUUGUUCGACCGAAUGAAGUCCAAAGAUUUCAUUACCUGGAACUCGAUGAUUGCUGCAUACGUAUUACAUGGGUGUUCGGAUGAAGCCCUUAGUCUUGCUGAUCAGAUGUUGAUGUUGGGUUUGAAGCCAGAGCAGAGUACUUUUGUCAGUAUCAUACUCGCCCAUAGCCUUAAUGAGAAUGUUGAAGAGGGGAAGCAUAUUCUCACUACCAUGAUUGAAGACGAUCAACUCACUCCUGCCAUUGAAAAUUAUGCAGCUAUGGUAGAUUUGUAUGGUCGUGCUGGCAGGCUUGAAGAAGCAAUACGGUUUAUUGAGGCUAUGCCAGUGAAGCCCGACUCAUCAGUGUGGUCUAGAUUAUUAACUGCCAGCAGAGUUCACGACUGUCUCGACUUGGGAAUCCAUGCAGGGGAAAGACUUCUUGGCUUGGAACCAGGAAAUGCAUUGAUCCGCCAUUUGGUCUUACAAGCGUAUGCUCUUCGUGGAACACGGGAGGACACAUUCAGAGUGCAAAGGCUUCAAAAUGAGCAUCAACUGCCCAAACUUAUUGGGGAGAGCUGGAUUGAAAGUAAAAAUAAAGUGCAUUCUUUUGUUUCGGGAGAUCGGUCUAAACCUUACUCGAACCUCCUAUUCGCUUGGAUAGAUCAGAUAUCUAUUGAAGUCAAACAAAUUGGAAGAAGGCAAGGUUUGUGCAUUGCAGAUGAAGAGAAGGAAGAAGUUGUUGGGGUUCACAGUGAAAAGCUUGCAUUAGCUUUUGCAUUUGUUUGCUCACAACCAGUGGUUCCUCGGAGUAUAAGGAUUGUGAAGAACCUGAGAAUGUGCAGUGAUUGUCACCGGAUGGCGAAACAUAUCUCGCUGAAAUAUGGAUGUGAGAUAUACUUGAGUCACCCCAAGUGCUUCCACCACUUUAAAGAUGGCCAUUGUUCUUGCGGUGAUUACUGGUAG